GUGCUUUCUCUCAGACUAACACAGAGCCAGCUGACUGCCGAGCGCAAUGGAGCCACAUUGCAAUCAACUUUUCCCAAAUGUGAAUAUUUUCAUCCAGCUGCUGGUAUGGAUUACGACAUGGCACACUGAUGUCACAGGUGCUGCUUCAAAUCACUACAGAGGGGAGGUGGGCGGAAACGUGACCUUCGGCUGCCCUGUUCACAAACAAAGGACAUUGGCAUUAUUGUACAUCCAGAAGGGCGACACAUUUGUGAACGGCUACUAUGCAACGCAAAACGUAUCGGGGGCAUGGGAUAACACCAGGGUGGAUCUCGACAAGACCACCGUGUUCAUGUACAAUUUGAAACCCUCACAUGAUGGUGACUAUCAGUGCAUAAUCCAGUACAGUGACCAAAAGAAAAUUGAACACGUGCAACUACACCUGACUGUCACAGCAAACUACAGCAGACCUACGCUCACGGGGCACUGCAGCGACACCACCCACAGCUCCAGUUGCCUGGUGCGAUGUGCCUCACACGGCGGCUUCCCGGACUCCGAGGUGACGUGGCACGCACCGGGGAGUUUGAAGGUCAUGAACAACAGUAAAAUGAGGGAUCCAGACACCACAACUUUCAACAUCUCCAACGCCGCCUACGUCAACUGCUCCGACUUCCCUCCGACUUCCCUCCGCUGCUCUGUGGGCAACGUCAUGUCCGACGUUUUCUCUGUCUGUACGCCCAAGGAUCCACCUGGCCACGGCCUUUCUGUGAUAAUAGCAGCCAUCUGUGCAGCUGGGGUUGGCCUCUGUAUUAUGGUGGCAUUGCUGUGGAGGUGUUGUUGCAAGAAAGGAAAGAGAAAAGCUGAGUGUGCAGAAAAUGGAUGUGAGGAGGAGGAAACAGCCCUCGAUGGAAACUUAAAGGCAUUUUGAGCGCUGAAUCGGUCAAGCGGAAAGUCCGAGUUGUUCUCGUAGAAUCGAGAACUAAAAAAGCACAUUGAACAAAUGUAUGUUACAGUUGUAAAGCUGGGGGCGUGUUUGUGUUUGUUUUCAACAUUUCUCCUAAACUUGUGACUUUUCAAGUGUCAAAAUGAGCAGUGGUAUCCAAAAAUACAUAUAGUAUGUAACGGUCAAAUAUUGUAUAUUUUCUACUGUUACACUGACCUCUACUGGCAGAAAUAGAGCUUUUGAUAUAUUCUGCAAGCUUUACUCUUUUGACUGUGUUUUAUUAUUUUCAAAAGCAGUUUAAUUUAUUUGCACUUUAAAAUUGCAUUUUCUUAUUUAAUGUCAGUAGAGAAUCUUUAAACAUCCACAUUAGUUGAUUUAAAAUGAAUGAAAGGUAGCUCCAUUGUUCUGGUUCACUCUUUUUAGUUUACUUUUGUUUUACCUUCUAAUUAGCUGUGUACCAAUAAAAAGAUAUCAGCUUUAAUUAUCAAAAAUUGUGAACAAAAUAUUUAUAAAUGCAGAAAAGAUGGAUGUCAAAAUACUGUUUGCACAUAACUUUGUUCUCAGAAGUAUUAUGCAUUUCCUUCGUUAACUGCUGUAGUUUUUUUCACAGAUGACUGUUCUUAUUAGAAAUAUUGCUAAUUUCUAAAUAUUUAUUGUAUUGUUUUUUCUUUUCUCAUGAUCAAAUGGCAGACCAUUAACACUAUUCAUGGUGCUUUUGUCUUCUGUUCAUCCUUCCCUCGAAUUAACAAACCAGCUCAUAAGGCUGCUUUCCUUUUGUAAAUCUGUAAGAAGCACUUUUGUAAUGAGGAUGUUCUGUAUUUCAUUCACACAUAUAUAAAUCAUUAAUAAAUAAUAC